GCCGUCUCCCCUCUGCACGUCGUCUUGCUCAGCGACCCUCCCACUUCCUUCCGUGAUUCUCUUGUAUUUCCUCAAGGUCUGGCUGGCGCAUAUCCUCCUCUCAUUUGCAUCUUUCCCGGCGGCGGAUACUCCCGCACGCUGGCAAUACCUGGCUCAAACCCUACCUUCCUUUGCACGACGACGCUACUCUAGAAUGCGGUUUAGUACCGCGCUUGUUUUCCUUCUCUCGUUUGCUACAUUAGCAAGCGCUUCGCCAUACCGGGAUGACCUCGUUGACUACAACCUCAAUGUCAACAAAAAUGCACAGUCCCCGACCGAGUACACCACCUCGCGGACUAAUACUACCUAUACUCCGUCCCCCACCAAUUGGCGGGAGAUCCCCUUCUACACUAUCCUAAUGGACAAAUUCGCCGAUGGCGAUCCUGCUAAUAAUGACUACUUCGAGACAAUGUUCGAGGUUGACUGGAGAGAGACGCAAUUACGGUUCGGUGGUGAUCUGAAGGGUCUGGUAUCGAAGUUGGACUAUCUGUACGGAAUGGGCAUUCGGGGUAUCUUCAUCUCAGGUACCCCGUUCCUAAACAUGAUUUGGCAAGCCGACAGUUACUCCCCGUUGGACUUCACGGUUUUGGAUCCUCAUUGGGGUACCAUCGAUGAUUGGGUCACUACCAUUGACGAGAUUCAUGCGCGUGGGAUGUACAUUAUGGCAGAUUUUACGGUUGGCACUAUGGGUGAUCUUGUUGGUUUUGACGGCUAUCUCAACACCUCGACGCCUUUCGACUUAAACGAACACCCUGCUGUUUGGAAGCACCCGCUGUACACCCCGUGGAACUUCUCUGAGUACAAGGAUUUCGCCAUUGACAACACCCGGAACACGUCCUGCAAACUUCCCACCUUCUGGCAAGAUGACGGUACUGUAGUCGAUGUCUCCGCGAACGGAUGCUUGAACUCGGAAUUUGAUCAAUAUGGUGACAUGGAGGCUUUCGGUGUGCAUCCCGAUUGGCAGCGUCAGUUGGCCAAGUUCGCUUCCGUGCAGGAUCGUUUGAGGGAGUGGAGGCCGGAGGUGAUGGAGAAGCUGAAAGUCUUCUCCUGCCUGGCAAUAACUGCCCUUGACAUCGACGCUAUCCGUGUCGACAAAUCUACUCAAGUGACGGUCGAUGCUUUGGCUGAAUGGGCCAGUAGUACCCGCGCAUGUGCUGCCAAGUUGAAGAAGAACAAUUUCUACAUCACCGGUGAGGUUACUGGUGGCGACACUUUCGGAGCCUUGUACAUAGGUCGUGGACGGACACCUACCAUGUUACCUCCUGGAUUCCUGGCGGCCGCGGACCUGAAGAGUGAAGACAAUCAAUACUUCCUCCGAGAUGCUCCACUCAAUGGCCUGGACGGUGUCGCUUUUCAUUACUCAUUCUACCGGUCGCUGGAGCGUUUCCUGGGUCUGGACGGCAAUCUGCAGGUCGCUUUCGACGUCGAUACGAACUUCGUCACCGCCUGGAACCAGAUGUUCGUCAACGACGAUUUCAUCAACUCUCAGACCGGCUACGUUGAUCCACGGCACAUGUUUGGUACGAGCAACUUCGACGUAUUCCGGUGGCCUGGGCUCGAGAAUGGGACUCAGAAGAGUGCUCUCGGUACCUUCUUGGCAUCUAUGGUGAUGCCGGGUAUACCGCUCCUGUACUAUGGCGAAGAACAGAACAUGUACAUUUACGACACAUCCGCGUCCAACUACCUUUACGGUCGUCAAGCCAUGAUGAGUAACAAAGCAUGGCAGCGCCAUGGAUGUUACGCCCUGGGUUCUGACCAGUUCUUCAACUUCCCUCUCGAGAGAACCCUCAUGGGAUGUAAGGACGAUUGGAAUUCACUCGAUCAUUUCGACCCCACCGCGGACAGCCGACGCGUCUUCUCGCAGUUCCUGUACCUUCGCACGGUCUAUAGCGCUCUGCAGGACGGUUUCAACCUCGUACAGCGUGGAAAUUGGACGUACUUUAUCGGACUCCCCGGCUCAAACGGGACGUUGACGGAGAAAGGCCUGUGGUCCGUGUCGCGUUCUGGCAUCCCGAAUGUGCAGAACUUGACUGGACAGCACACCGACCAAGUCUGGAUGUUGUAUACCAACGAGAAUACCACCAAAACCUGGUCAUACGACUGUACAAGCGAUAAGUGGAUCUCCUCUCCCUAUCAGGGUGGCACGACCGUCAGGAACUUGUUUGCGCCUUAUGAGACGUACACCCUCCAGGAUUCCUUGUCUUCGUACUACAACGACAGUAAGGCGCCAUACUAUGGCUGUCUGCAGUCCGUCCAGAUGGAUCCUUUCGGCUUCAAAGCUCUAGUCCCUGCGACAGAAUGGGUUGCGCCUCCGCCUGCGCUCACGAAGUUCGUGCCUGGGCAUGACGCGCGCAAACAGGUAGAGGCAGGUGAUGCUAAUGCUACCACAGUCGACAUUCGGUUCGAGUUCAAUGUCGAGAUGAAUUGUGACAGCGUCACCGCAGCCCUAUCUUUCAAUAUGUCUUCGUCAGGGAAGGGAGGAAAUCCGACCUUCGAUAAAAAUAAUGUGAAGUGCGACGAUAUUCAGGACCGCGAAAUAUCCAAGAUCCCCGGUGCUGACACUUCUGCCUGGUAUUGGUCUACGACGUUGACCAACGUUCCUGACGGUAUCUUGACGAUCACUCUCAACAAUCCAUCCACAAAGGAUGGAACGGCAUCGACCAACGCCAUUGACCACCUCUUGCUUCGCAAGGGCUCAUCCAAGAAUGUCAUGGUCUUCCCAGAAUCGGACUACGACAGUUCCUCGUUCUCCUUUGUGGAUGGGAAGUAUAACUUCUCACACAAGGCGUAUGGUGCAGAUAUGUUCCGGUACUCCUGGAACUUCGGGCAGAAUUGGACGAAGUGGCAAAACUGGGAGGAUGUAACGCUGAUUGACAAGGACUUAUUUGACAACGACGAGAACUGGUGGCAGGGCCAACACAUCAUGGUGCAGUACUGGAGCAACGCCGUUACGUCUUCCGCUCAGGUGGUUCAUGCGGAUCUCAACUACCCCAAACCGCGUCGUUAUCCUCAAUUCCUUGCCCGCGGCCCUUUCAACAGCUGGGGCUACGAUAAAGGUAUCGAGGCCGUCAUGACGCACAGCGACGACGGAAAAUGGGAACUGGAGAUCAUGGCCACGUGGCCUACGUACUUGCAGCUCAAUAUCUUUGGGUAUGACAACUACUACUACGGCGACGUGGACGGCGAUGGAGUUCUGGAUCGCCUGCCUCCGAAUACCGCAGCCCCCAAUUAUCUUAACUUGUCGGCCCCUCCUCACCCGCAUCUGGCAUGGAAUCUUGUUGUCGACGACUCGACUCUUACAUGGACUCUGGAGCCGCGGGGGCACUCCGCGGUAGGCGCGAUCAUGUAUGCUCUGCUGUUAUCGAUUCCUCUCUUCACCGCUUCCCUGGCCGUUGCCGUAUUCAUGUGGUCCUUCUAUGGGAUCAGGUACAACAAGUGGGGUGUCAAACCUAACAAGGAUCACAGCAACUAUUUCCCUAUCAUCGGCUCUCUUGGCAACAAAUCGGCUUCGGACCUGAAGGAAGCAGCGACGCCCAUGUCGGAGAAAAUGUUCGGCCACAAGCAUCCGGAACAGAUUAUUGGGUGGCCUGAGGAUAAGAACAAACGGCGCAAGGUUUUGAUUGCGACUCUGGAGUACGAGAUCAUCGAUUGGAAGCUGAAAGUCAAGAUCGGUGGUUUGGGUGUCAUGUCGUCUCUCAUGGGCAAAGCAAUGACGGACGUCGACCUUAUUUGGGUUGUACCGAAGGUGAAGGAUAUCGAGUAUCCCCCUGGAGAUCCUGCCGAGCCCAUCGAGGUUAUCAUCUUCGGAGAGCCGUACCUUAUCGAGGUCGAAACCCACUGCCUCGAUAACAUAACUUACGUGCUGCUCGACAGCCCCGUCUUCCGAGCCCAGACAAAAGCGGACCCUUACCCUGCUCGCAUGGACGAUCUCAGCUCAGCCAUCUUUUACUCCACUUGGAAUCAAGCCAUAGCUGCGACCGUGCGACGGUACCCAGACAUUGAUAUUUACCACAUCAAUGACUACCACGGAGCACUCGCACCUAUCUAUCUCCUGCCGAAAGUACUGCCUGUCUGCUUGUCCCUCCACAAUGCCGAAUUCCAAGGUCUCUGGCCUCUGCGGACCAAGGAGGAGAUGAAGGAAGUUUGUUCGGCUUUCAAUAUCAGCAAGGAGCACUGCACCAAAUAUGUUCAGUUCGGCAACACUUUCAACUUACUGCACGCUGCGGCAUCAUUCAUCAGCGUGCACCAGAAGAGUGUUGGUGUUGCUGGUGUGUCGGAUAAAUACGGGAAACGUAGUUGGGCCCGUUAUCCCGCCUUGUGGACUCUCAAACACGUGGAUUCCCUUCCUAAUCCUGACCCCACUGAUAUCGCUGCUUUAGAUGAAAAUCCGACUUCAUUACGUGAUAUUCAGAUUGACCAAGAAGCGGAAGCGCAGCGUCCGGAGCACAAGCGUCAGGCUCAAGAAUGGGCUGGCAUCAAGCAGGAUCCCAAUGCCGCUCUCUUUGUGUUUGUCGGUCGCUGGUCAAAGCAAAAGGGUGUAGACAUUAUCGCAGAUGUUAUGCCGUCCCUGCUGGAGAAGCGACCGCAGAUUCAACUCAUCUGUGUCGGACCUGUCAUCGACUUGUACGGACGGUUUGCCGCAGAGAAACUCAACCGUCUCAUGGAACUUUACCCUGAUCGCGUAUUUUCGAAGCCGGAAUUCACUGCUCUUCCUCCAUUCUUGUUCAGUGGAGCUGAUUUCGCUCUGAUUCCCUCUCGUGAUGAGCCCUUUGGUCUAGUAGCAGUCGAGUUCGGUCGGAAAGGUGCUCUUGGAGUCGGUAGUCGCCUUGGUGGGCUGGGACUGAUGCCUGGUUGGUGGUUCCCUGUCGAAUCAACGUCAACGCAACAUAUGCAGUCUCAGCUGAAGAAGACAAUCAAGAUGGCCCUCAAGUCCACAGAGGAAGAACGUGCCAUUCUCCGCGCCCGUUCCGCAGUACAGCGUUUCCCUGUCGUGGAAUGGAGACAGCGUAUGGAGGACUUCCACCGGCGCAGCAUCACGAUCAGUCGCAACCACGCAGGUCCUAACGCAUGGCGUCCGUCGGACGGAGAUAGCGGUCGCCACCAGCCUAUAGGCGAGGCUGAGGAUUGGAAUCCUGAGUAUCAACCUUACCCAUCCCAACCAGAGUGGGAUGCUAGAAGCGGAAGCUUCAGGAUGAGCGCUGCGAGCACGCCAGGCUCGCCAGGUCAAUGGAGUCAGGAUCCGUUCACGCCCGGAGCCGAGCACCAUCUGGCUGCACCUCCUCGUCUCAUGCCCGAUAGUCGUAGAGGGUCAUUCAGUACGGAUGUGUCUGACAAUGAAGGUGACUACUUCUCCCAGCCGGGCGGUAGUGGUGACACUCCUCAGGUAGAAUAUUCGAAAUUCCUUGACAAAGCCAACCGGACAAUAGCUAAGGACCAGCGACAUGUUCCUGACCCAUUCUUGGAUACUGCUCCUCCGACGCGGCCUUUCGGUGCCCACUCAAGAGUGUCAUCUGUCGAGUCUAUCGCGUCCAUUGUCGACGAGAAGCAGAAUUCACCACUAAACAAGGCCAUCGCCUCGUUCACGGAUGCUGAUGGUGGAGUGGCCCACGAAUUUGUGGAGAAACUACGAAACCUGAACCCAGAGAACUCUCAGCACGAGUUAUCCAUCGAGAAGUUCCUAAUGAAGAGCGAGGAGGCAUUCUUCGAUAAGGUCCGGAAGGAUAAGUUGUCCACGGCCGCCAGUAUCCGAUCGUCGAAGAGAGAGUCCGUCUGGGGCACACCUUCAAUAUACGACACUGGCAGUUCACGCCCCUCCUCCCCGAAUGGGCUGAGCUCCGCAAGCGGGUUCACUGACUACAAUGGUCCUCUUACAAGUGAACUCCCCGAAGUUGUGACGAUGACGGGACUGCAGAUCGCAAUGCAGAGAGAAAUCGGCGGAUGGCCUUUGUAUACCAUCAUCAUCGCUGCGGGACAGAUGCUGAGCGCCACCAGCUUCCAGAUUACCUUGCUAUCCGGUCAAAAUUGGCAAGACAACUUGCAGCUUUAUGUGUUGGGCGCCGUGUUCUUAGCCGCGUCCUUCGUGUGGUAUGCUCUCUUCCGGUUGAAGCCAUCGGUCUAUGUGUUGGCUGCUCCCUGGAUCUUCUUUGGACUCGCUUUCUUCCUCAUCGGUCUGCCGUCCGUGACUUCUGCCCUACAUCCCACGCACAAAGCUUUGUCAAGCGCCGCUACAUGGUGUUACGCUGUUGCGUCUGCAGCGGCGUUCUGCUUCUUUGGUCUCAAUUUCGGUGAAGAAGCUGGUGCUGCCACUGAAGUUUGGACGAUGAGAGCUUGCAUCGUACAAGGGUCGCAACAAAUCUGGGUCGCCGCGUUAUGGUACUGGGGUAACUCCCUCGAGGGUGCCCAGACGGAUAGUAUACCACCAUGGUGGAUAGUCCUCAUUGUCUGGCCCUUGGCUGCCUUGAGCCUUCUUUUCACGUACCUUAUGUUGUACGGUCUACCCGAGUACUAUCGUCAGACACCACCGAAGGUACCCAACUUCCUAAAGACACUUUUCCGCCGGAAGCUCGUGCUAUGGUUUUUGGCCUCGGAAAUCUUACGCGACUAUUGGCUCAGUGGUCCCUACGGCCGCAAUUGGGGCUUCCUAUGGAGCGGCAAUAUACCGAAGUGGCAAAUCGCCCUCUUAGUCGUUGCUUUCUUUGUCGUUGUGUGGGCAAUCUUGAUGUACAUCCUGACGCAGUUCAGUAAGAUCCAUACGUGGUUGUUACCUGUGUUUGCUGUGGGAUUGGGUGCGCCUCGAUGGUGUCAGAUGCUUUGGGGAACAUCUUCCCUAGCCUUAUAUAUUCCUUGGGCAGGCCACGCGGGUCCAUAUCUGGGUGUUUCUCUGUGGUUAUGGCUGGGCGUUCUUGACGCUAUCCAAGGCGUGGGACUGGGUAUGAUUCUACUGCAGACCUUGUCGCGUCUCCACGUUUGUGCCACGCUUGCAUUCUCGCAGAUAAUAGGGUCUAUAUGUGUCAUGGUCGCUCGGGCUACUGCUCCUAACAAGAUCGGACCGGAAAGCGUCUUCCCUGACGCUGCCACAUGGGACUUCGAGCAAGGUCUAAAGGGGAGCCCCAUGGCAUCGCCCACGUUCUGGGUGGCAUUGGUAUGCCAGCUCAUCAUCGUCAUAGGCUACUUCUGGUUCUACCGGAAGGAGCAAUUGGCCCGACCAUGAUCGCGUUUUCCACCAUGACAUGACAAUCUAGACUAGAAUUAACGGACCGGGAUUAUCUGCACGUUGUUGCAUUUUCUACCAUGUUGCAUCACGGGGCUCUUGCGGACUUUGUUUAGAACGGACGCUGUAUUUGUCUCGAUAAUAUUACACGCUCGCUACGUACACUGGUAUAGCAUUGCAUUAUAAUAAUGGCAUACUCUUUUUGGGGCUAGCUAGUAUCCACCCAUUACCGUCAUACCUCCUGCUCGCGUAGAUACCUGGACUGGAAUAAAAUCGAACAAUCUUUGUACUCCUUCGUAUUACUGAGGUUUCUGCAUUUUGAAGUCAUCAACGUAGCGACCGUACAUGCUCAGGAGUGUGCCGAGCUUGGGGUGGACUUCGACGGUGUAUUCUUCGAACGGGUAGGCCUCGCCGUCGAUGGAUAGACAGCCUUUCUUUGAGCGAGGAGUCAACCUGUAGGCGUGCGCCUUGAAGUAGUGUUGGGUAGGAAGCCAGAAUGGCCCGCCUUUCUCUGCGCCGUCCAAGGCUUUGAGCAUAUCCCCCCUCGAUGUCAGCUCUUGGGCGACUACGUCGAUGAGACCGUCGUCAGGCAAGGAAAGUGGGAAUUGCAUUAGAUCGCGUCCGACGUAAGGGCCUUGUCCCGCAUACACAUAGAGCAGCGGUUUAUCGAAAGUGACCCAGCCGUCGUCGCCUUUCCCUGGCGAGGUGUGCUGCAACGGCGGCAACGCCCCUUCACUCUCGCUUUCUGCCUCCGGAGGAGGCGGCGCGGCGUCCCUAACUUUCCGGUACGAUUCGAGCAUCUUGUCCUUGUCGCUCUCGGCGACCUUUACGGAUAGUGUGGCGGCGCACGGGCUUAACUUCGCG